AUGGGCGUUGAUCCACCUCAAACCCAACCCUGGAGAAGCGAGGAGUCGGCCCCGGGUACCUGUCACCAAACAUCUUCGACUCGCUCUUCGUCUUCCCGUGAUCGUCCCUUCGAAUCCAGACAACCCGGGCCUGAAUGCGAGGAGGCCUUGGGAAUCGAGCAAGACGGCGGAGGAGCACGAGACGGCAAAUCCGAAGCUGUUGGUGCUACUGCGACGACGACGGUAGCAUCCGGGCCAGAGGCAGACACGGCUGAAAGGGUGUUGUUUCUGGCAAAGGAUAGUGACGAGGGAAGCUGUUCGGAGAUGGAUUAUGCAGCGGGUUCGGGCGAGGACUUCAACGAUGACGAGGAAGCGGGCCUUACGACGCAGCAGAGGAAGAAGAGAGGUUUGAUGCGGAAGAAAAGGCGGGACGAUGGCGAGGGGCUGGAUGUUUCGCUCUCGGUUGCGCAGAAGCAUCUAGCGGAUAAGCAUGUAAUGAGGAGGCUGUCGGUUAACGUGAUGUUUAUCCUGCUGUGGUAUCUAUUUUCGGUGUCGAUAUCGCUGUAUAAUAAUUGGAUGUUUGAUCCAAACCACCUCGAUUUUUCCUAUCCCCUGUUUACGACGAGCAUUCACAUGGCGGUCCAGUUCUCGCUUGCGUCGUUUUUGCUCUACUUCUUCCCUAAAUUGCGGCCGCGCAACCCUGCUGCUCCGCAAGCAGCACCGUCAAUGACCGGAAAUGCGCCGAAUACUAGUCCAGUCGUGACCAAAGCUUUCUAUUUUACUCGGCUGGUUCCAUGCGGCACUGCUACAUCGCUGGAUAUUGGACUGGGGAAUAUGUCCCUGAAAUUUAUCUCCCUCACAUUCUUGACGAUGUGUAAAUCGUCUACGCUGGGAUUCGUCCUUCUUUUCGCGCUCAUUCUCGGCCUCGAGGCCCCAUCUAUGAAACUAAUAAUGAUUAUCUGCACAAUGACCGUGGGAGUGGUCAUGAUGGUUGCUGACGAGGCGACCUUUAAUGUCAUUGGGUUCUCCCUGAUCAUUGCGUCCGCCUUUUUCUCCGGGUUUCGAUGGGCGCUCACCCAGCUCUUGCUCCUUCGACACCCAGCGACCGCAAAUCCAUUUUCCACGCUCUUCUUCCUUACUCCAAUCAUGUUUGUUUCUCUAGUCAUCCUUGCAUUAUUGAUCGAAGGGCCUUUUGAGAUUAUAGCAGGCUUGGGACUUCUUGCUGAGCGGUUUGGAGUCUUGCGUGCAGCAGCGGUGCUCAUCUUCCCUGGAACUCUUGCAUUCUGCAUGAUUGCAUCUGAAUUCGCACUUCUACGGCGCUCUUCAGUAGUGACGCUGAGUAUCUGUGGCAUCUUCAAGGAAGUGAUCACAAUCGCAGCCGCAGGGAUUCUAUACGAUGACCGUUUGACCUUGAUCAACUUGGCCGGUCUCGUGGUCACUACGUGCUGCAUCGCAACGUACAAUUACAUGAAGAUUACGAAGAUGAGAAAAGAAGCGCAGAAGGAUCUAGUUGAGCAUCCAAGUGAGAUGGAUCGCGAGUCCGAUGAGGAUGAGACCGCGCAUCGGGAUAUCCUCGACGGUCAGGGAUCCGGACUUCUUAGGCCGACAGCUGGCAGUAGAGAAAGCAGUCCAUAUGCACCUUCAUCGUCGAGAUCGCGGCGAGGGUGA